AUGUUUGUAAAUACUCUUGUCGAAGGAAAAAUCCCAGUAAAAGUGUUAAUUGAUACAACAUCUAAAUAUAAUACUAUUAGCAAACACUUAUUCGAUAAGCUUGAAUCUGAUCACGGAUUAGAAGGUAUAGUUGGUGAUGAUCUGAUAGGCGAAGAAAUAAAAGGCUUAGAUUUAGAGUUUCACAUUAAAAGAAAGUGGCAGAGUUUAAGUGAUACUGAACUAAUAGACUUUCAAAUUCACAAAAAUCCAUUAUUUGAUUUGGUGUUGGGGCAAGAUUGGUUAUGGAUGCGUGAAUCAAAAAUAAGCUUUGGACAUUCUCCCAAAACCCAUGUUCGCCAUACUAAAAUUGUAAUAGAUGGUAUGAGUAUUCCGUUAUUCGAUGAAGAUUUUAACAAAGCCAGCUCCACUAAAAAUAAUUUAUCUAAAUCAACAGAAUCCAAACCUGGUCUAGCUCAAGAGGAGACAUUGCUUUGCAACAUACCUCCUACACAUCUACUAUCCAGAAGAUUAAAUGACGAUGUUUCCAAAAAUAAGAGUAAGAAAAAUAAUGUCAAAUAUUCCACAGAUGCUUCUUCUAAUUCAGACACUUCAGACAGCGAUUCAAGUAAUUCUUCCACAUCUAGUUCAGAAAUAGAAGUUACACAUGCGCAUAAGACUAGAGUAGUAAAGAAACGCCCUAUUCGAAAGCAUAAAGUAAAAG